AUUGGAUCUGGGAGGGGUUUUAGUAUUAGUGGGUCUCAAUCCAGCAAGACAUAUUUACAUAUUUGUAUGGGUUCUUCAUGUAGUAUUAUUUUAAAGCCAAAUAUUUUAAUUUAAUUUCUUAGGCAAACAUGUAUUAAAUCUUAACCUAAAGAUUUCAAAUUUCUUGCUUUAACAAGCCGAGGAUUAUGGAGUAUAUUUUAUAUUCUGUUAAAACAAAAUUAAUUAACAAAAUCGCUUGUAACAAAAACUAAAAAGUAUAAAAAGGAAAAGGGUAGUAAUCUGAAUAAAUACGUACAUUUUCUAAAUAUUAUCCUUUUUGUAUCUCUGUGCAAUCAUUAUUAUUAUUUGCUUCACAUAGGUGAAUUUUCAAAUAUUUUAAAUUUAUUCAAAAUAUCUAGAAUUUACAUUUAUUGUAUUUCGUUGUUCUUUAAGGCGUCCUUUCCUUUUCUUUAAGCUUGUUGUUUAGCCAGCUCGGAGUCAAGGAGGGGGUGGUGUUAAACGCAAAAAAAGAAUAUGUAUUAUUUGUUUUUUCUAUACACAAAAAUAAAAAAACAUUACUUAUAACUAAUACAUUGAGUUAAAAGGAAACAAAAAACAUUAAGAAUAAACAUACAUUUUCUUUAACAAUUUUUUUAUUUGCACACAAAUCAACGUAAGGUUAACGUAAUAAACGUCUUAUAUUUACUAUAAUUCUAAAAAAAUAAUCAAAAAAGCAAUAAACUAACAUUACAAAACACUUACCUGUCCCCGAGCAUCAAAUUAAGUGCUCUCCUUUUCUGGUUUGUAAGCGAGGAUAAUUGACAGUUCUGUAAUUACCGUAAAUGUCGUUAGCUAUGCCAAAAGCCGUCCGUGUCGACCACUAGAACCAGCAAGCGUGUCCGCGAACGUCAGAGAAAAUUUGCCAAAAUAAAAAAAAAAACUUUCCUAACAUUCCCCCAAGAAUUCCCUAGUAAAAUAAAGACAAGUCAACGUGUCCGGUGUCGAGUCAAUAUUUGGUUAGUGAGCUCAUUAGCUGGCCAGGACUAAAGCGACCUUUGACACAAUGAAACGAUUGCUGUUUCUGCUACUUCACCUGAUUUCACAUCCGCUGAUUCAGUCGGAACCCGCGCUAAGCUAUGAGCACGCACGUCAGGCAGUUCUUACGGCCGAGGAGAAGCUCAUGACCGGUGGACACACACACCUGAGCACGCAGGAGGCCAAGGUGGACGACAUCUUUAUGGAAUAUAAGUUCGGAGAGCUUUCCCAAGGAUGCCGGAAUGCCGAGCAAAAUGCCGCCGCUCUGCACUUCUUCAAGGCCAAGCCGCUGAUCGAUCGGAGUGUUGUCUUUAACUUCCUGCAGAAGAUGCCCAAAGGAGCGGUGCUGCAUCUGCACAAUACCGCCUCCGUGAGCUCCAAGUGGGUGAUCCAGAAUAUAUCCUAUAUGUCCGGUAUGUUGCGAUGCACCACGGCCACGGGUCACAGUGUCCUGACCUUUCGGCGGUUGCCGAAGGAACACAAGUGUCAGUCGCAGUAUGUCCUAGUGGCCGACGAGCGGAAAAAUUCUGUCGACAGGCAGGUUUACGAUAAUAAUUUCGAGAGACUGAUCAAUUUGUAUACCCCAGUUCCGGAACUGGAAUAUCCCACCAUCACCCAUGUUUGGGAUCGCUUUCAGGACAUAUUCAGUGUUCUUGGGGAUGCUCUUAGCUACUUGCCUGCCUUUCGAGCCUAUCACUGGCAGAUGCUCGAGGAGCUCUAUAACGACAAUUUGAUGUACGUGGAGAUUCGCAGCAGCUGUAAAAAGCUUUACGAUGCCAGUGGACGAACCUUUCCCCGCAAACGAACCAUCCGGGAGCUGUAUGCCUUAAACAACAAGUUCACCCAGUUACAUCCGGAUUUCCUAGGCAUGAAAAUCAUCUUCGCCGUCCAUCGUGGCAAGGAAGUGGAUCAGCUUCGGGAGACCAUAGCGGAAUUUAAGCAACUCCACGAAAUGUACCCGAACUUUGUGGUUGGAUUCGAUUUGGUGGGUCAGGAGGACAAGGGUAAACCACUGUAUACCCUGUUGCCAGCCUUGAGGGAUUUGCCGUCCACAGCUCGCCUAUUUCUGCACGGCGGAGAGACAAAUUGGUUUGGUUCCUCCACGGACAUUAAUCUCCUGGACGCUCUACUGCUCAACACCACACGCAUUGGCCAUGGUUAUGCUCUUGCCAAACAUCCCAUUCUACUGAACGCCGUCAAGACCCGGCAUAUUGCCGUGGAGGUGAGUCCCAUCUCAAAUCAGGUGCUACAUCUGGUUUGGGACAUGCGUAACCAUCCGGGGGCCCAGUACUUGGCACUGGAUGUACCUGUGGUAAUUUGCAGCGAUGAUCCUGGGUUUUGGAAUGCCAAGGGGCUCAGCUAUGACUUUUACUAUGCCAUUAUGAGUCUGGCUCCCAAAAACGCCGGUCUGCCGAUUCUCAAGACUCUUGUUUGGAACUCGUUGAAGUACUCCACACUGACGAAGGAGGAGAAGUCGCGGGCUUUUAAAAUACUGGAGCUAAGCUGGACACGUUUUAUAGAGAAGGUUCUGCAUAAAAAGUCCUGGUGAUUUAAAAUUUAGUAAUUGUUUAUCUAGAAAAGGUUUUAUUCUUUGUCGUUGAAAGUUGUUUGUUGUCUUAAGAAUUUUUCGCAGCUCUCCAGGAUUUGUAGAUAGGCCGUAUGGAAGCCUCCCAUGCCUUGACUCUGUGAGCAACACGUGCCACGGUGACAACCCCCUGCAAGAACCGUGCAGGCGGUGGAUACUGCGGCAACUGCCUUGCCGCACUAUCUCAGUAGUAACCAUAAUCACUGAUCGAGGCCAGCACCCGGUCUCGAUCUGCAUUCGGCAUCACUCUACGGAUUCCGAGGCGAGAGAAUAUCGCGGGCAACUACCUUGCCGCGGUAUACUAAAAACCUUAUCUUAUAUAUUAUUUGUUUUUUCUAUACACAAAAAUAAAAAAAACAUUACUUAUAAGUUAUAGCUAACACAUUGAGUUAAAAGGAAACAAAAAAAUUAAACAUAAACAUAUGUACAUUUUC